AGCUCUCCUCCCCGUCUCCCUCACCGUGUUGCUCUCUUCCCCAUUUCGCUGCUUUGUUUUCAUUGUCGCUCUUUUGAUCAUGGCUGCCCAUUCUACCGAAGAACCGUUCCCCUUCCACGGGCUGCUCCCCAAAAAAGAAACCGGCGCCGCGUCUUACCUCACCAGGUUCCCCGAGUACGAUGGCAGAGGAGUGCUCAUCGCUAUCCUCGACACCGGCGUGGAUCCCGGGGCCCCCGGCAUGCAGAUCACAACUGAGGGAAAGCCAAAGAUUGUCGACAUCAUCGAUACAACAGGCAGCGGUGACGUGAACAUGGCGACGGUGGCAGAACCUAAAGAUGGGACAAUCGCUGGCCUCUCUGGUAGAACACUUAAGAUCCCUCCUGCCUGGGUCAAUCCAUCAGGGAAGUAUCGCAUUGGAGUUAAAAAUGGCUACGAGUUCUUCCCUAAGGCUCUCAAAGAAAGAAUACAGAAAGAACGAAAGGAGAAAAUGUGGGACCCACCACACCGAGCAGCACUAGCUGAGGUGUCUCGCAAGACAGAAGAGUUUGACCUCUGUCACCCAACACCCUCACAGUUAGAGAAAUUGCAGAAAGAAGAGCUGCAGAGUCAGUCAGAGCUGCUGGCAUCACUAGAAAAGAAGUACAGUGAUCCUGGUCCCGUGUAUGACUGUGUGCUCUGGCAUGACGGUGUCACAUGGAAGGCUGUGGUCGACACUUCAGAGAGCGGAGAGCUGUCCCAGUGCACUGUGCUCAGCUCCUACAAAGAGUCGCAAGAGUAUGCCACAUUAGGAAACGCUGAAAUGCUCAACUACUCUGUUAAUAUUUAUGAUGAAGGAAACACACUCUGCAUUGUCACCAGUGGAGGAGCUCAUGGGACACACGUGGCAAGCAUUGCAGCAGGUUACUUCCCAGAGGAGCCUGAGCGCAACGGUGUGGCCCCCGGUGCCCAAAUCUUGGCUCUGAAGAUUGGAGACACCCGCCUCAGCACCAUGGAAACAGGCACAGGACUCAUCCGUGCGAUGAUUGAAGUCAUCAACUACAAGUGUGACCUUGUUAACUAUAGCUAUGGGGAAGCCACCCACUGGCCCAAUACAGGGAGGAUUUGUGAGGUGAUCACAGAGGCUGUGCAGAAGCACAAUGUUAUAUUUGUUUCAAGUGCAGGAAACAACGGCCCGUGCCUCUCCACGGUUGGCUGCCCGGGGGGAACCACCAGCAGUGUCAUAGGAGUUGGAGCAUAUGUCACUCCAGACAUGAUGGUGGCAGAGUAUUCCCUGAGGGAGAAGCUGCCUCCCAACCAGUACACCUGGUCAUCCAGGGGCCCCAGUACAGACGGGGCCCUUGGGGUCAGCAUCAGUGCCCCUGGUGGAGCGAUUGCAUCCGUACCCAACUGGACUCUUCGUGGUACCCAGCUGAUGAACGGCACAUCCAUGUCAUCCCCAAAUGCCUGUGGAGGCAUCGCACUAAUCCUCUCAGGACUGAAACAAAGUGGGAUCCCUCCCUCUGUUCCUGCGGUGAGGAGAGCGCUGGAGCACACGGCUCUGAAGGUUGAUGACAUCGAGGUGUUUGCACAGGGUCAUGGAAUAAUCCAGGUGGAUAAGGCAUUAGACUACCUCAUUCAACACGCCUCUUUACCUACAAGCCACCUAGGCUUCACAGUAACUGUGGGAUCACAGAGAGGCAUCUACCUCAGGGACCCAGCCCACGUCCUUGCACCCUCAGAUCACGGAGUAGGAAUUGAACCCAUUUUCCCGGAGAACACGGGGAACUCGGAGCGAAUCUCCUUGCAGCUACACUUGGCGCUCACAUGUGCCGCCCCGUGGGUGCAGUGCCCCUCCCAUCUAGAGCUGAUGAACCAGUGUCGUCAUGUCAAUGUUCGUAUCGACCCUGUGGGACUGAGAGAGGGCGUGCACUACACAGAGGUGUGUGGGUAUGAUACAGCAGCACCUACCUGUGGCCCCCUGUUCAGAGUCCCGAUCACAGUUAUUAUCCCCGCCAAAGUGACGGAUAGUCGUAAUCAGGAGGUGAGUUUCACAGACGUCCACUUCAGACCAGGCCAGAUCAGACGCCACUUCAUCACUGUUCCUCAGGGAGCCUCCUGGGCAGAGAUCACACUGACGUCUCAUUCGGGAGAUGUGUCGUCAAAGUUUGUCCUCCAUGCAGUGCACUUGGUCAAGCAGAGAGCAUACAGAGCUAAUGAAUUCUACAAGUUCUCUUCGCUGUUGGAAAGAGGCUCACUAACUGAGGCUUUCCCUGUGCUGUCAGGAAGGGUAGUAGAGUUGUGCAUUGCACGCUGGUGGGCGAGCUUGGGUGAUGUCACAGUGGACUACAACAUCUCGUUCCAUGGACUGAACAUUUCCCCUUCACCCCUGCACAUACAUGCCUCAGAGGGAGUGACGAGUUUCGAUGUGUCAUCGCCUCUGAGGUACGAGGAGGUGUCGCCCACUAUCACGCUCAAGUCUUGGGUUCAGCCUCUCAGGCCCGUAAGUUCAAAGAUAAAAGCCCUGGGACUGAGGGAUGUUCUGCCUAACAACCGACAACUCUACGAGAUUGCCCUCACCUACAGCUUUCACCAGCCUAAGAGUGGAGAGGUCACCCCCAGUUGUCCCAUGCUGUGUGAGCUGCUGUAUGAGUCUGAGUUUGACAGUCAGCUCUGGAUGCUGUUUGAUCAGAACAAGAGACUGCUGGGCUCAGGGGACGCCUACCCACACCAGUAUUCUCUGAAGCUGGAAAAAGGGGACUACACCGUGCGUCUGCAGGUCCGCCACGAGCAGUCCAGCGAGCUGGAACGCCUCAAGGACCUACCGUUUGUGGUUUCUCACCGUCUGUCCACCACACUCAGUCUGGAUGUCUACGAGUCGCACCGUGCUGCUCUCAUGGCCAAAAAGAAGGCAAACUCCAUCACCUUGUGCCCGGGUGCCACCCAGCCCUUCUACGUCACAUCCCUGCCAGACGACAAGAUCCCAAAAGGGACGAGUCCAGGAUGCUAUCUUUCAGGCUCCCUGGUUGUCCCCAAAAGCGAGUAUGGCAAGAAAGCAGGGCAGGCCUCUGCAAAACGACAAGGAAAGUUUAAAAAGGAUAUCGUUUCAGUCAUCUACCACUUAAUCCCUGCUCCCAACAAAGCAAAGAAUGGAGGGAAGGAGAAGGACAAGGAAGGAGACAAAGAGAAAGAUGUGAAGGAGGAGUUUGCAGAAGCCAUGAGGGACUUAAAGAUUCAGUGGAUGACAAAGUUGGACUCCAGCGCCAUCUAUGAUGAACUAAGGGAGAACUACCAAGAUUACCUUCCGCUGCAUGUGCAAAGACUGCACCAGCUGGACUCUGAAAAGGAGCGUUUAAAACGUCUCAAGGAGGUGGUGUCAGCAGCCGACUUUGUCAUCUCCCACAUCGACCAGACGGCCUUGGCAGUUUACCUCACCAUGAAGACAGACCCGCGGCCUGAUGCUGCCUCUAUCAAGACUGACAUGGAGAAGCAGAAGUCGUCCUUGCUGGACGCUCUGUGCAGGAAGGGCUCAGCUCUGGCCGACCAGCUCCUGCUGCCCCCGGCGCCGCAGGACGGCGCUGGUGCUGUCUCCACGGGACCAGCGGCCGCAGAAGAGGAGGUUGUGGAACAGGUGGCCAGCAGUUCUGAAGACACCAUGCAAAACGUGGUUAAAACACUGACAGAUACAUUUUGGGAGGUGCAGAAGUGGGCGGAGCUAACUGACUCCAAGGUGUUGAUGUUUUCCUACAAACACGCUCUCGUGAACAAGAUGUACGGCCGAGCCUUAAAAUACGCCUCAAAGAUGUUGGAGGAGAAGCCCAGCAAAGAUAACAUGAAGAACUGCAUCCAGCUCAUGCGACACCUCCGAUGGACACACUGCGCCACCUUCAGUGAGAACUGGCUCCCCGUCAUGUACCCCGCAGAAUACACACCCUUCUAGGCACAGACGCACAUGCAUGCACGAGCAGCAUGGCCAUACAUGGUUCAUUACAUGGUAACCUCAAUAUCAUGUCCCUCAGGGUCACAUGGUCUAUGCAUCUGGUUUUUCAAAUUUAGAUGUAGGUGGACACCAACGUGAAGGAUAACGCUGGGUGUAAACGAUUUGAGGCACUCGACACCUUUUAAGGCAAGAGGGGAUCGUGCUAAUCCUGUCUCUGAAUGUCUCGCUGAACAUCUCAGCUCUGCAGAGCGUGUGGCGCAACAGUUCAUUUGAUUACCACAAGCAAAAGAACUAGAAGCUUAAAUUUUUUUAAAUGAUCCAAACUUUUUCCAAGGCUUGUUGACUGUGUAGGUCACUUCUUUCUUAGUUGGGCGUUAUCCUUUAUUUUGGUGUCAUCUACACAUUUGGAGACCCUCACAACCCCACUCAUCCUCAGCUGUACGGACUCCAUAUCACAUAAAUAACCUCCGUCUCUCGUGUAAAUACUGUAAAAGGGCCAGUGCGGACUCCAGGGAUGCAUCCCAAGUCUUUGUAAAAAAAAAAAAAAAAACUGUGACCCCAUCUACUCACUUUCAAAAAACCUGUUAUGAUACUUCGGUGAGAAGACAGGACUUGCUGCUGCUCGAUGUUCGGACACACGAAGGCACGCAGAGUCUGCCUGAUCCCUGAAUGAAAAGGGAGACAGAACUUGAUAUCUCAUUUCUUUGUUUUUCUUUAUGUGUUUUUUGAUUAUUGCAGCUGGGCCGGGUUUGUCUGUCGUUCGAGGCUUUGACUUGUGUACACAGAACACAAAACAGUAUCGAGGUGCCUUCCUACAUGUACCUUACCUUUCUCUGAUGGGAUGGAAAACAGCGCGAGGCUGCGGAAUCAGUAGCAUCAGUCAACACUUAGCUGCUUGCAGUCAUUUCACCCAUCAGCCUUUGGUGUCAAAUAUGUUUCACAGCUCGUAUCUGCAGCGUGACGUGUCCGUGCACUGUAUGCAGGCCGUCAGUGACUUGUCAGGUAGCAGUAAGCCACAGACACACUUUUCCGGCUUUUGCUUACCUCCAGAGGUGUUGGCCACCCACGUCAUGCUGCAUUUACCCGAGCCGCACAUUUGACGACCAUCUUAACAGACCUCACUAACAUAACAGAUGCAGUUGUGGGCAGUGGAAAGGAUGUUCAGAUUUUCAUUGUAAAAUGUUCACGCAGUAUUAGACAUUUCUCUGCAGCAUUCAAAAUGUUGCGUUUGUACACAGUGUCAUAAAAAUGUACAUACACACAUAACAUAAAAAAAUAUUAAGAUGCAAUAGGUAUAUAAUACAAAUAUUAUUCUAAUUGAUGUAUUUUGCAUAUAUGCAUGUCUUCUAGGAUGUAAGGAAAAGCAGUUUUAUUUGGAAGAAGAUUUUAGUUUGUUUCAAUUUGAAAGAUUUUUAAUCCCAAACAAGAUUCUGAAGAUGAUCCACUGUUGUUCUUCUCAUGAGUGUGUGUUUGUGAAUGACUUUACGUGUUACUUGUGAGCAUAUUUUGUGUACAUGAACAUUUUACCCAACAGAACUGAAAUGAUAGCCAACUUAGAGGGGGUUAAACAUGAGUCUGAUUUUUUUCUUGUCAGAUACCUUAUUUACUUUAAAGGACCGUGCCAGUGGUUUUUGUAUGUUUAAUCUGAUUUGCUAUGAAACAUAAAUACUUAACAUCA